AUGAUCGAGAAGCUGAGCACCGGCGAUUUGCGUCGUUUCAUCACGCUCACCUACGCCGACGACGACGAUUACGAACGAGCGUGGAUCAACUCGAUACUGGCGAGAUUCGCCGCGCGAAUCGCCGACGACGUCGUCGACGUCCGACGUCUUCAACGCCAAAUGUUGGCGUCGCUCACGCGCUUCAUCAACGAGCGUCUCAACGGCGCGUCCAUCGAAUGGUCGGACCAUUUCGCCGCCAACUAUCGCCGAUUUCUGAUCGCCGAGUUCGAGGCGAUUCGCCAUCGAAACGAUCGCUUUCGUCGUCGACUUUUGACGUUCAUCGACGUCAUGGAGACGACUCGCGGGAAGCGGAUGCUCGUCCCAAAUGAGCGUACCUCGUCGCAAAUUCAUCAGCGGCAUGACGAAGCUUCUCAUGAUGACGCUGUCGAUAUUGGCGCCUCGCCAAUGCUUCUUGAGAUCCGCCGACGAAUCCGACGCGAGUUUGAGGCGUCUCUAUGA